CCUCCUCCUUCUCUUCCUCCUCCUCCUCUUCCUCCACCGCCUCCUCCUCCUUCUCCCUCCCUCCUUGUUUUCUGGGCCUUCGGGGAGUCCUCGUCGCGACGGCUGGGCGCGGCUCGGCAACGCGUGUCAGGGUGAUGCUCGGGGGGCGUCCGAGAAACGGCUUUGUGCGCAGUUUGGCCCAGGCCGUCGCAGCUCCAAGCUCUGAGAUUUGGCUGGCCUGGCCGCCCGCGACGACAGCCUCACAAACGCCCAUGGCCGAGGACUCGGGGCCUGCCAAGCUGCUGGCCAUGGGGGGCAUUCGCACGGCGGCGGCGCCUGUCCCGGUUCCUGUCCUCUACCUGUUUCCAGUCUCCUUCAACGCUGGAAAGGCCAAGAUGGCCAUGCAGCUCUCCGAGAAGGGAGCAGUCGCCGUCGACAGAUUCGACAGCGGAUUUGUUCUCCACAUGCGCGACAACUACACGCUGGAGUACGCCCGGCUAAAUCCAGACACCAUGGCAGUGCCAACUCUGGAGAUUGACGACAAAGUAAUCACCGAGUCGCACGAGAUCGUCAGAUACCUCUUUCACAACUACCCUGGCCCGGGCGACCGCGAGGUGCAAGCGUCCGGGCGAGCGGCGGAGAUGUGGGCGUUCGUGGACCUCGCGAGGAGCUGGGACGAGUACGUGUUCACGUACGGACACAUGGGCGCGCAGAGCUCCGAUAUGGCCAAUGGCAUACGCCUGCUGUAUCUGCGGUACUACCUGGGCCAGACGCUGAGAGAGAAGCCAGAAGACGAGCAGGUUCUGGUGAGCGCGUACGUCAACAAGAUAGCGGGGAUCAUGACCAUGAACCGGGUCACUGGGGGGGGCGCCACGCCAGAGGCCAAGGAGAAAGAGAUGCAGACCAACCGGGCUCGACUCGACGGGGUGCUCGCGGCGGCCAGCGCCCUUCUGGGGUCAAGCUCUGGCUUCCUCUUCGGCGACCAGCUGUGCACUGCCGACGCCUGCUUCUUGCCCAUCCUUCGGACAUUCCUCGUCGCGACACCCGCCAUGUUCGAGGUGGUCUUCGCGAAGCACCCGAACCUUCGCGAGUAUUGGGAGCGGGCCCAGGCAUCGGAGGACGUGCAGCAGGCGCUGCUCCGGUGCGUGAGGAAGGGCGCGCUGGCGUGGUUCAUGCUGAAGAAGCGGGUGCCCAAGACAAUCCUGGCCUACAAGAUGGGAUUGUUGAGAGCGCCGCCACUGCCCGACGAGAUCGAGGAGCGCAUCAGAGCGGCCGCGGUUCGGAAGUGGCAGGAGGUGCGCGGUUGAGCGCCAGCUCCCCGGCCUUUCUGACGUCCGCCUUUGUUCGCGAGGCGGGCCUCGGAGCUCUCGACCCCGUCCCCGAGGCCACUUUCCAGCCGCGGGCCCUGCUCUGGCGGUCCCGGGGAUCGCAGCGCCCCCCCGGCGCCGAAGUCGACAAAACAAGCGACAGACAAGAACGAAACACACUCAGACACACACACACACACACAGCACAACAGAAACGGUAGUCGCCGUGCUUCUUUCCUCGACGCCCGGCGCGCUGGGUCUCCCGCGCGCGUGGGCCGCACCGGUCGCCCCUCCCGCCAGCUGUGAGGGGGCGCCGCGGAGGCGGCCGCCGUGGGGCCGCGGCCCGCGCUCGAUCCGCGAGGCCGCGACCACGCGCGAGAAAAGGGCAGAGCGGACCCUUGGUAU